AUGGACAGCAAUGGCGGAUUUGACGGCCUCAGGUUUUCUGCUAUUUCCAAGAAUUGGGGUUUAUGGAUGGCACCAACCAAAUGCAAAAACAAAACUGUAAUUGAGAAUUUUCCUGGACGUGUUUCAUGGAAAUCUACUUGCACCUGCUUGUUAAAGACCAAGGACAAGUUUAAUCACUUUGGUCUUAUGGAAAGGGCUAUGAAGAGUCAAUUUCAGUAUCUAUUGAAAGCCCCGACUCUCAUUUUCUCAGGAACAAUAAUCCACCAGAUGUUGAUCAGGAAAAGCAGCUCCAAUUCGAAGGGAAUAAGUUUCUUAGUCAAUGGUCAGCAGCUUUACUGGGGCAUGAAGGAAUAUGCCUUGGUAACAGGCCUAAAUUUUGGAAGAUUUCCUGUCAUUGAAAACUGGAACGCUGAAGAAAUUCCACCUCUAGUCCAUAAAUACUUUGGUGGCAAAACAGUUGUUAAAGUGACAGAUGUUCAAAGUGUUUUCCUCAACUGCUCUGAGAAGGAAGAUGCAUGGAAGCUUGGGCUCAUCAACCUUAUCUACCAGUGUCUCUUUGGAUCUGAUAAUAGGAAGAGGGUAUGUUUGAAGAUCUUCAGCAUGGUGGAGGAUAUGGAAAUGUUCCUUCAAUUUCCAUGGGGAAAGGUGUCAUUCAAUUCAACUUUGAAGGGUAUUGACAAGGACAUGAAACAUCUUCGGCAGCUAUAUGUGGAGAAGAAGGAAACUUGCAAGGGGAACUGUGAUGUUGCUUAUACUAUUAGUGGCUUCGCCAUAGCCUUCCAAGUUUGGACAUAUUUGGUUAUGAAGACAUUUGUCCCCAAAUUUGCGGAUAUGAUCGAGGAAAAACAUACAUGCCCAAGGAUAUUACUUUUUACAGCCUCCAGAAGCAACACCAACACUAGCCAAGAGGUAUCCAAUGCCCUUUUCAAAUGCAAUGUCUUUAACAAGAUUCAUGAGAAGAGAAAGAAUGAAGAUGGUACUCCCAAACAAACGCCCACGAGGAGAACAAUUAAAAGGACAGCAAUUAAGAUGAUCGAGUCUAGUGAUGAAUCUAGCGAAGACAGCUCUCGGUCUACUACUAGUGAAUCAACCCAUGUCCCUUCAGCAACGAGUCCUCAAAAGAAAGAAGACAGUUCUCCUACUAGGCAAGACAAGUUUGACAAUCCGGUGACUAAAGCCCAGAAUGAUGACAAAUUUGAUGAGCUUACAAAGGAUGUGAAGGAGUUGACAAGGGAUGUGAAGGAGCUGAAAACUGAAAUGAAGGUAAUGAAAGAGGAUCAACGGGUUAUGUUCAAACACAUAAUCCAAUUAUUGGAUGAAAUAAAACAACAAAAGAAUGAUGUUUCUGCUGCUGAUAUGAAUGAUGUUGGGUUGGAGGAUGCUGUUGCUGCUACUGAUAUGAAUGAUGUGGAGAAGGAUUUGGAAAUCAACAAAGAUGUUGCUGAUGAGAAUGAUGAUGUUGAUGAUCUGCCGAAUGAAAAAGAAGAUGCUGCUGAUAUGAAUGAUGUUGGGUUGGAGGAUGCUAUUGUUGAUGGUUUGGAGAUGAUAACCAAUGAUGAUGUUGGGUUGGAGGAUGCUGUUGUUGAUGGUUUGGAGAUGAUAAACAAUGCUGCUGUUGUUGAUGAUGACAAAGAUUCUUCUGCUGUUGAUGAGAUGAACAAAGAAGCUGUUCAAACUGUUGAAACUGCUGUUGUUGAAAUUGAUGAUGAAGAGGCUGUUGAUGAAGAGAUCAACAAAGAAGCCGAGCAGAAUGUAAACAAAGAUGAAGAGGCUGCAGCUGUUGUUGAUAAGAAUGCUGAGUUGGGAAAGAAAGAAUUGGCCACGAAGAAGAAGAGGAAGAAUGAUGAAGAGGAUGACAUGGGAAAGAAGACUGAUGAAGAGGCUGAGUUGGGAAAGAAGAAGGAUGAUGAUGUAUUGGUAUUGACUCCAACAAGAUUUCAGGGACAGAGUUUUCGGAGAAAGAAGAGGUCCACACAAUUGGGGAACUAUACAGAUCCUAAUGGAAAAUCCUUUAAACUCAUUGAUCCAGUAACUGUAAAUCCUCUUUUAGAUUAUGAUAGUGAACUGUUGGAUGAUUUGAAACAAUGGAUGAAGCUGGAGGAUGAUGACAAGAUAAAUCUGGUUCUUUUCCAUACUGGUCGAGAAUUGUUUAACAGAAUGUUGAGGCCUCAGAAUUGGCUACAUGAUCAGGAGAUAGAUGCAGCAUGUUACAUUCUUAAAAAAAGAGUUGCCAAUUUUCCCAAGACUUAUCAACCGAUGGAUUUCUCAAUAUGUGACUGUAAUGUCUCUACGAGGUUGUCGUUACGUUAUUCAAAGUUCUCCAAAAAUCCACAAACAUACACAUUCGACGAUGACUUGAUGGAAUAUUUCAGGGGUGAUGAAGAAAAAUUGAUGACUUCUUGGAUGAUUGUAGAUAAGAUAUAUUUCCCUAUGAAUCUUAAUAUGAAGCAUUGGGUCCUUUGUGAGGUGCAACUACAAGAUUGGUGCAUCAAUGUUUAUGACUGCGAACAAGGAUUUAUCAAAAAGAAUCAAUAUGACAAGUUCAUGAAACCACUAUGUGAAAUGAUUCCAUAUCUCUUUCUAUUUGGAACGACCGAGUUUGACAGGAUCAAGUAUCCUAAGUUCAGUUUGGAAGGAAUGUCAUAUGUUGUAAUACCACACCCAAGAGUCCCCAAGUGCACGAAAAGUGGAGACUGUGGUCUUUUUACAAUCAUGUAUUUGGAGUACCUUACUGCAAAAUUGGAUAUAUCAGCUGUGACAUCAGAGAACAUUGUUUUUUGGAGACAAAAAUGGGCAGUUAGGUUGUUCCACCAUAUAAUAGACCCAUAG